UUUCAACUGAAGAAAGAAAGACAUGAACAUCUUGGAUGACAUGGGGAGCGGAUCUAUGGAGGUCAUGCGUGAUGCAGAGGCGGAGAGCGCCAAAUACAAGCCCGGCGGUCGACUGGACAUGAGCCACGGGUUCCUGAGGCACAUCAGGAGGAAUCAGAUCGCCAGGGAUGAUUAUGACAGAGAGGUAAAACAGGCUAAGGAGAAACAGAGGCGUAGACACACCACCACCCCCCGCCGUCCGCGGAGACCCGACCGCCAGGUCUACCACCCACGCCAUCAGAAUGGAUCUGAAGCAGGUGCGAAUGCAGAGGCGGAGGACUGGAAUGAGAGCAGCUCUGGCACAGAGCAGGAGAACACUGGCACAGAGUUAUUCUGGCUCGAUUAUCAAGCUGACAACGGCCAAAUUACGUCAUUCAUCGUUCACAAGGAGGACAAGCCAGAAGUUAUUGUGGAAAGAGUGGCGGAGAAGAACGUUCUGGACUCAGCCAUGAGGGCGGCGCUGUUGGCACGUGUGGGACAAGAAAUGGACAAGCGGUGUGACAAAUGCUGAGAGGAAGAGAGAAGCGUUUUAAAAUAAGAGUGGAGAUUAAAGCGCAAUGCGCUGAGACACUAUUGAGCCAGAAUUGAGACUGAACUGCGUUUCUGUAUGACGGCACCAAGCAUGCAGCAUUCAUAAAAAUCAUGGAGAUGCCAUGUAGCCUAAAAUGUGAAGGUGUAGCUCAUGAGCGGACUCUGAUCUAAAAUGGUAUGUAUUUCAGUAAUACACAGAAAGUAGGACCUGAAUUGUUCUUUCAACUGGAAGCUGAAGUCCUUGUGUCACUCCUCACGUCACACUCAGACCAGACGUUGGACAAAUGUCAAGCGCUCUGGAUCCUGAAGUGUUGUGCAGCUUGACCGUGGCACCCGAGGUGACUUUCGUGCACUUGUUUUUAUAACCACAAAAUCUACAUUGCCUCACUAGGUCCAAUUAUUGCAUCUUACAGGCUUUCAGAUAAGAAUGUUUUAUAUAUGGUUUAGGCUGAAUCCACACAGAAAUCAGGUCAAAAACACUUCCAGUCUGAAGGAGUCAACUGUGAUGUAGUCCACGUAGAUGCUACAGGAAAUAGCUGACAAAGUGUGAUGAAUGCUAAUGAGGUCCUCAUUGCUCUGAUAUUUAUAUCCAUGCAUUCGGAUAUCUGCCUUUUCCUUUUAUUUUCUUAUGUAUUUAUAUUGAUAUAUUGAUAUAAAUAUCAUCUUUUCCUUUGUUGGUGCUCAUGAUGUCCUGAAAACUUUUUUUUUUUCAUCUCUUUAUUCAUUGUAUAGGUAGAUUUUUAUUUUUGUAAUCGUAUUCCAACUGUGUACAGUUGUGUUAAUGUGUAUAUUGCAGGAGGAAUUGUUCAUUCUGUCAUAUGGACAGAUGAUGGCAGUGUGCACUCUGUUUACAUCAUGUGCAAAAAUACACCUUUCUUUAUCUGC